AUGGAGAAUGAUGCAGAAGUCUGUUCACCGCCAUUACCAUUACUUGAAAAUCACGUUGAAACCGCAGUUACACCAUCGGUACUUGAUUCAAAUCAAACAGAAGAUCAGACAUCAUCUCAAUGUCUUCCUGUUAAAGAUUCAGCACCAACAACUUCGACUGUAGAUCGAUUACAACGACCACAAGUCAUUCCUCCACCGCCUCCACGACGUUUUCUUCAGACAUCGACAAUUGUAAUCGAUAAUACACGAGUACUAAGGAUAUCUCCUAAAGGAGCUGCACCCAUUCGUCGUCCAUCAGCAUCAUCAUCAAUAUUUGUUCAAGAUGGAAGUAAUUUACAACCAUUUGCUACAUUCAAUAGGAUUCAAUUAGAAACUGCCAGUAGUCAAAAUGAAUUUAUAAAACAAACUGACUUACCACCAAAGAAACCAUCGAGAUCAAAUAUUUCGUCUUUAACAUCAUAUCCAACACCUAAUAAAAACAAUAAGCACAGUCCAAAGUUGGUUGGUAGUGAAUCGAAACAAAUUUUGUCAACUGUCAGUAACCAACAAACCGAUCUUCCACCACCUUAUAUUUCUGAGAACGGUUCGAAAGAUACUGUUUCAUUAUCAGUACUAGUAAACGAUGAUAAUCGUCCUUCUUUAUCAUCCGAUGUUCAAAGUCCAGCAUGUAACUUCGUAUUUGUCAUCAUGUGUAUCAUUGGUUGUCUAGUAACGCUGUUUUUUACGUUAAUUAUUCUAUUUGCUGCAUUAAGAUAUUUUGGCUACGAUAUUUGA